AGAUUUUCACGGCUGACGGUUCGCCACAGCUUAGCUGACCUGUCAUGCGUGUGAGAUAUAUUGAUAGUGUGGUCGCCGUUGAUUUGUGCUGCACCCUUCUACAGUCAAUCUAAGGAUUGUCUGAAAAUCUUGGCUUGAAAUCGAUCUCCUUGAGCUCUCUCACAAACAAGAUGAAGGUCACACAGACGUUGGGAGCUUUGCUCUCGACUGCACUGAUCGCCAGUGCGGCUCCUGUUGCCCAAGAUUGUACCUCCGAGGCUGACUACGAUGUCAUCGUUGUUGGCUCCGGACCUGCUGGUCUCAUCGUUGCCGAUCGCAUGAGCGAGGCUGGCAAGAAGACCCUCCUCCUUGAGCAGGGAGGUGCGUCGUACUACGUUACUGGUGGUCGUGAGCGUCCCGGCUGGUUGAAUGGGAGCGAGCUCAGUCGUGUUGAUGUCCCCGGUCUCUACAAGACGAUCUUCUCGGUGCCUGGUAACUUGACAUGCGCGUCAGACGUGGUCAACGCCUUCCAAGGCUGCACAGUCGGUGGUAAUACCGCCAUUAAUGCUGGUCUGUUCUUCCAGCCGCCGGCAUCCGACUGGGAUCUGUAUUUCCCCGAGGGAUGGAAGAACUCGGACAUGCUAAGCGCGAUUGCGAAGGUUCAUGCCAAGCAGCCUUCUACUGACACGCCGUCGGCUGAUGGUAAACGCUAUUUGCAGUCUGGUUACGAUGCUGCGAAGGAGUGGCUCGUUGAUAGCGCUCACUACUCACAUGUUGGUCUCAACAACGGUUGGGAAAACCACCAAAAGACCAAGGUCUUUGGCCACCCCAUCUACAACUACGAGGGCGGUCAGAGGAGUGGUCCCGUCAAGACUUACCUCCAGUCUGCGCUUAAGCGUCCCAACUUCCACUUCCAGACCGGAACCAAGGUUAUUCGCGUUAUCCGCAAUGGAAAGACCGCGACGGGCGUUGAGGUCCAGGUUAAGGGCUCCAACACUACCUCCAUCAUCAACAUUGCUUCGAGCGGCCGCGUCAUCCUCUCUGGUGGUGCUCUUCUCAGCCCUCAGGUCCUUAUGUGGUCUGGUAUCGGCGAGCCAGCUACUCUCAGCAACCUCUCUGCAGCUGGCCAGCUCACUCUCCCCGCCAGCCAGUGGAUCAACAACACCGCUGUUGGUGACAAGGUCUUCGACAACCCCAACACGUUUAUUGAGCUUUUCUCUAAGUCCAUCUCCUCCUACACCCAGAGCUACACCGAUCCUAUCCCUGCUGACCGCGAUCUCUACCUGAAGUCGCGCUCUGGUCCCUACUCUUUCGGCUCGCAAACAAGUGCUUUCUGGGACUUCAUUAAGCAGGGCGAUGAUCUCGUUGGCUGCCAGGGCACCAUCGACUCAUCCGGCGCAAACGACUUCACAGAGAACGGUACCAUCACCUUGAACGUGUACGGAACCUCUGGUCUGCGAUCAUUCGGCCGUGUGGGUCUCGACGAGAAGGGUAUCGCGACACCUUCGUCUGGUUUCUUUUACUCGGACAAGCGUGAUGCACAGGCUGUUGGUCAGUUCAUCUACGACAUUUUCCAGAAGCUUCCCAAGACCUUGAGCCCGUUGAACAUCGCUGGCAACUCAACCCUUGAGGAGAUCACUACCUGGAUCAGCACGCCCUCUGACUACACUCUUGGCAACGUUCAGCACUGGUCUUCCAGCUGCAGAUUCGAGACUUGCGUUGAUGUGAACGCCCAGGUCCUUGGUACUGACAACAUCCACGUUGUUGAUGCUUCGAUCAGCGCGCCUCUGUCAACUAACCCUGUCCUGGGUACUAUGAUCAUCGCAGAGCGCGCUGUCGAGAAGAUCCUUGCGUUAUAAGGAGAAGUGGGAAGAUAACGAGUAAUUAUGUCUAUGUUC